GCUGUUCACUCCCGAUUGACCCCCAACACUGCGGCUCUUGCGGUCGACUUACGUGCAAGUCCCAAUGCCACCGCACCCGGAGAUAAGGACGCGGUCAUGGCGGUCUCGGACGCGACAGCAGCAGGUCCCGCACCGUCCGCCAGCCGUCCGCUCCUGAGGUCGCUGAUUGCCUGUUGGAUGGGUUCUGUGUGCCUUGGCACAGUCAUCGGCUACGCAGGACCCGCAUGGACAACCCUCAAAGGAGAUCCAGGCUUCCCCAACAUAGACCCUUUCUGGUUCUUCACCCUUGGGCUCCUGGGAGCCGUGGGCGGCUCUGUGGUUGGCGCAAUGGCCGCGCAAGCUAUUGGGCGCCGCCGCACCAUGGCAGUGGGCGCCCUUGGCGCCCUCUGCACCUGGCUGUGCGUCGGCUCGGCGCAGCAGCUGUGGUAUCUCUACACAGGCCGCCUGAUCAACGGUUUCUUCGCCGGCAUGCUGUCCCUGGUGGUGCCAGCACUCAUCGGUGAGCUGGCCGACGCCAGGAACCGAGGCGUGCAGGGUGCUCGCCAAUACAUCAGCACGCUCGUCGGCACAAUAUACGUGAACUUGUUGGGACGCCACAUGGUUUGGUCCAGCUUGGCGUUUGCAUGCAUCAUACCAGCGGGCGUCCUGAUUCCUUUGUCCUGGUUUCUCGUGGAAUCCCCACGCUGGCUUCUACAGAUUGGCCGCCGUGAUAGCGCCAUGGCCAUGCAGCGAACCCUGCGCAAGGAACCAGUCGAGGCCAACGCUGAGUUCAAGCUGAUGGAGAGGGCAUUCUCGCGUACCGCAACGCCGUCUCUGCACUACUGGUUGGCGGCGCACCUGAUGUUCCUGCAGCAGUUCUGCGGAGCCAACAUGGCUGCAAGCUACGCGCGCGUAAUCAUGGCGGCGGCGGGCAUCGAGGCAGACGAGGGCCAUGCCGAUCUGGCCAUGCUUUUGAUACAGGUGAUGCUCAGCCGCUGCCCGUAA